AUGACCUUGGAACCUGAGGGAACCACAUGGCCCAGAACGCUCUGCGUCGAAGGACAGCGAGACGCGACCAAGGCUGUUCUGCACCGGGUGGGGACCGCGGAGACUGACCCCGGAAGGUGGAGCGGAGUCUCGGUCCCUGGACUGCGGGACUCUGAAGGUCCGUGGAGGCGCCCGGCGGACCCGCGUCAGGUCCGGGGAAGCGACCGCCGUGUCGGGGUCCCGCCCCGUUUCCCUCCUUUUGGCCCCCCUUCUUUCCCUCCCAGUCCUGAUGGCGGUCGAGGCGGCGCUGAGGCACCUGGCGCAGGUCGUUGGUGUGGAGCUGAAGAUGAGAAGCCACCUUCUAAGAAGAGCAUUUCUAUACAAAGAGAGUCCCAGGUGAGGACUUCUAGGACAGGUGUGUCUCUCAGGAAGUUCCACCGCUGUAAAUUGUGUGGCUUGAUCUUUGGGGACGCUUUGCAGUUGGCUCAACACCAGGAAACACAUCACAAGCAGAAACUGAACAAGUUUUCUUGUAGGCCAUGUGGGAAUAAACUGGAUGAUGUAGCAAAUUUUUAUCAGCACCAAAAGAAGCACAGUGGAGAGAAACCCUAUAGAAAGUGUGUUCGGUCAGCAUCGUCUGUGAAUAGCCACAAGUUUUGUGUGUCACAAGAGUCAGUUAUCUGUGAGGUUGGGAAGGACUUGUUGCCCAGCUCAGAAUUACGUCAACAAGAAGCUACUCAUGCUUUGGAGAAGUCAAACAGUAAAAGCAAGUGUAUGGUACCCUUUCAGGAGGGAAAAACUCCUUACAGCUAUGGAGAAUGCAUGAAAGCCUUUGGCACCAAACGCUUACUUAUUAAAUACCAGAAACUUCUCAGCAGAGAUGGGUGUUAUGUGUGCAGUGAAUGUGGGAAUGCUUUUACCAAAAAUAAUAGCUUCGGUUAUCAUGAGAGCGGUCACAGUGGGAAAAAACCUUAUGAGUGUGAAGAAUGUGGGAAAUCUUUUAUUCGAAAGGCAAACUUCAUUCAACAUCAGCGAAUUCACACUGGAGAAAGACCUUAUGAGUGUGGAGAAUGUGGGAAAUUGUUUCGUCAAAAGGGCGGUCUCAUUUUACAUCAACGAGGUCACACUGGAGAAAAGCCUUAUGAGUGUAUGGAAUGUAGAAAAUCAUUUAGGUGCAAGUCCCAUCUCACUGAACACCAGAGACUUCACACUGGAGAAAGACCUUAUAAAUGUGGGGAAUGUGGUAAGUCAUUUAACCAGAAGAGCCACCUUGUUGUACACCAGAGAGUUCACACUGGAGAAAAGCCAUAUCAGUGCAGUGAAUGUGGGAAAUCUUUUGCUGAUAACUCCACUUUCAAGAAACAUAGGAGAGUCCACACUGGAGAAAGGCCUUAUGAGUGCAGCAACUGUGGACAAAAAUUUAAACGAAGCCAUGCACUUGUCAAACAUCGGAGAGUUCACACUAAAAAAAUUUGUUAG